GGCGACGAAGCUCUCGCAGGCACGGCGGAAAUCAACAUCACCCAUCGCUUCGCUCCAGACAACACAAAGAGCCGUACAGUGUACUUCAAGGGUGUGUUCCUUUCGAUAUAUCACGAGGAAAGAGACGAGUAUAAGACACACAAAGAUCACGUGAGCCCUACGGUUACGUACGAGCCAUACGAAGUCCCGGCUGGAUACACUGUGUACGUAAGAGGUGCAUGUGUAUACUUUCAAAUUUAG